AUGGAUCCGCCGCCGCGCGCGCUCCUCACGCUACUCCUCCUCAUCAGCAGCGCACACCACGUAGCCGCCCGCGACAUCUUCGUCUCUCCCACAGGGGCGAGCAAAGGCACGGGGACCCUCGAGGCGCCGUACGGCUCCAUCCAAUCGGCCGUCGGCGCCGCCGUCGCGGGCGACACGAUUUUCCUCCGCGGGGGCACGUACGCGCCGACGGCGAAUAUUCAAUUUGCAAAGAGCGGGACGCGGACGCUGCCUAUUCGUGUGAGGGCGUAUCCGGGGGAGAAGGUUGUUAUUGAUGGGGAGAAUAUGCCGGGAACUCCAAAGGCGCUGGAUGAAGCCUUGCCUAAUUCCGAGCGCGGCAUCUUUCACAUCCAGAAUGCGAAUUACUGGGCAUUCUACGAUUUAGAGCUCAUCAACGGGCCCUACGGGAUCUAUGCCCGCGACGCCUCCCACAACACCUACACAAACCUCUCCACCCACGACAACUACGAAACGGGCUUCCAGCUCGAGGGCGCCUCGUCCAACAACACAGUCACGAACCUCGACUCCUACCGCAACCGCGACCCGCGUAAAAACGGCGAGAGCGCAGACGGCUUCGCGUGCAAGUCCGGAUCGGGCGAGGGCAACGUCCUGCGCAACGCCAGGUUGUGGGAUAACGUCGACGACGGGCUCGACCUCUUCAUGUUUGGAUCUUCGGUGUUACUGGAGGAGGUGUACGCGUGGGGCAACGGGUAUAACCGGUGGGGGUUUAGCCCGUUUGAAGGGGAUGGAAAUGGGUUCAAGUUGGGGAUUACGGGGAACCCUGUGGCGGAUCAUGUUGUCAGGAAUUGUAUUGCGUUUGGGAAUUGGAAAAAGGGGUUCAUUGAUAAUGGGAACCCGGGGAGUUUGACGUUCGAGAGGAAUUCGGCGUGGAAUAAUGGGGACACCGGGUUCUUGAUGCGGAGUUCGUCUUCGGUUAUGCGGGGGAAUGUCGCGGCUGUGAAUGGAGCCGGAGGAGCCGCGCAGGUGAGUCUUGUGGGUACUAUCACGGCGGCGGGGAAUUCGUGGAAUGAUGGGACGACGUGGACGAAUGCGUCUUUUGUCAGUGUUGACGCUUCGGUUUUGAAGGGGCCUAGGGGCGCGGAUGGGAAAGUUGUGGGUAGUAGCUUUCUGAUUCCCAAGAGCGGUGCGGCUAUUGGGGCGACUACGUUGCAGGAGGUUUGA